AUGUUUAAGAUUGCAUGGGAACAAGAGUGGAACUCUUUCAUGAAGAAGAGAGCAAUAUACUGUUUAGUUGUUGGCAAAGCUGACAUUUAUCGCAACUUCCUUUUCUUCUUCUUUGAUCCUGAACAAGUUUCAGAUAGGAAUUGCAUCAAUGAAAAUCAAGAAUGUGAAACCCAAUAUGCAAAUUUUGUGAAAGGAAGUACGGAGAAUAUAAUUGUAGGUUCUGAGGUUUGGGUUGAAGACCAAGAGUUGGCUUGGCUUCAUGGGACGGUAUCAAAGAUUACCGGACAGGAUGCAGAGAUCGAGACUUCAAAUGGAAAGAAGGUCACUGCAAAAUUAUCAAAAAUAUAUCCGAAGGAUAUGGAAGCUCCAGCUGGUGGAGUUGAUGACAUGACAAAGCUUUCUUACUUGCAUGAGCCCGGGGUUCUGGAGAAUCUGAAAACAAGAUAUGAACUGAAUGAAAUAUAUACGUAUACUGGCAAUAUUCUUAUUGCCAUUAAUCCAUUUCAAAGACUGCCUCAUCUCUAUGAUGGUCACAUGAUGCAACAAUACAAGGGAGCACCGUUUGGAGAGUUAAGUCCUCAUGUUUUUGCGGUUGCUGAUGUUGCAUACAGGGCAAUGAUCAAUGAAGGGAAAAGCAAUUCCAUUUUGGUCAGUGGUGAAAGUGGUGCUGGUAAAACUGAGACCACGAAAAUGCUUAUGAGGUACCUUGCAUUUUUAGGUGGUCGAGCUGCCACUGAAGGACGAACCGUUGAACAACAAGUUCUUGAAUCAAAUCCAGUCCUUGAAGCAUUUGGGAAUGCUAAAACUGUUAGAAAUAACAAUUCCAGCCGUUUUGGUAAAUUUGUUGAGAUCCAGUUUGACAAGCAUGGAAGAAUUUCUGGAGCUGCCAUCAGAACUUACCUUCUAGAGAGAUCUCGUGUUUGCCAAGUUUCCAGUCCUGAGCGCAACUACCACUGUUUUUACCUUCUUUGUGCCGCGCCACAGGAGGAAGUAGAGAAGUAUAAGUUGGGGAGCCCAAAAUCAUUCCACUAUCUUAACCAGUCAACUUGCUUCGAACUAGUUGGUGUAAGUGAUGCCCAUGACUAUCUUGCCACUCGAAGAGCUAUGGACAUUGUUGGAAUAAGUGCAAAGGAGCAGGAAGCAAUUUUCAGAGUUGUUGCUGCAGUCCUUCAUCUUGGAAAUAUUGAUUUUACUAAGGGAAAGGAAGUCGAUUCAUCGGUUCCUAAAGAUGACCAAGCUAAAUUCCAUCUCAAAACAACAGCAGAGCUACUAAUGUGCGAUCCUGUAGGCUUGGAAGAUGCUUUAUGUAAGCGUGUCAUGAUCACCCCUGAGGAGGUUAUCAAGAGAAGUCUUGAUCCUCAAAGUGCAGUGAUUAGUAGGGAUGGUUUAGCUAAGACAAUUUACUCUCGUUUAUUUGAUUGGUAA